AUGAUGCACAGUCGAUUCCUCUACGUCAAGUUCCUCAGUAUUUGGGUUCAUACCUUCCCAUUUCAUGAUGCGAAUGAUUAUAUGUCUUUGGUUUCAUUUCUUGAUGCUUGUCCAUCGUUGGAGACUUUCGCCUUGACAACACCAACGGAACCCAUGGAGCAUGAGUCGAUUAUCGGGGACCCCUCGCAUCCGAGGCAGAUGCCAGGACAUCGACAUGGCAAGCUGAAGAGCAUGAAGGUCUUGGGUUUUAACUCUACAAAAAGCUUGAUCGAGCUAAUGGUUCAUAUCAUUGAGAACACAGGGUCACUCGAGUCCCUUUCGUUGGACACCACUUAUUAUGUUGUUAGGUGUUCUGAUGGCAUCAGUGACACAUGCUCUAGCAUGCGCAAGCGUACUCAAAUGGAAGCCCCUAGACCGCUCUUGGCUAUCCAAACACACAUCCAGGGGAAGGUCCCCUCCACGGUGAAGUUAGAUGUUCUGGAGCCCUGCAGCAGAUGCCAUGCUUCUUGA